GUCUCGGUGUAAACAGCGGAGCGGAGCCGCUUCGUCCCCUCUCAGCUGAGGCGCGCUUCAGUUUCCAGCGUCGGGAAGGACCCGGGACCCGCUGCCGUCACUCCGUCUGUAUGUCGACCGCCAGAUUAAUUUGGGAUUAAAAAUGGUCAUCAGGGUUUACGUCGCCUCCUCAAGUGGAUCCAUCGCGGUGAAGAAGCAUCAGCAGUCGGUGGUGGGUUUCCUGGAGGCAAAUCGCAUCAGCUUCCAGGAAGUAGACAUCACCAUGCUGGAGGAGCAGAGGCUCUGGAUGUACCGCAACAUCCCCAAAGACAAGCUGCCGGAGAAAGGCAACCCACUCCCUCCACAGAUCUUCAAUGGGGAUCGCUAUUGUGGAGACUAUGAAGCCUUCUUCCAGUCGAAGGAGAACAACACUGUGUUUGCAUUCCUCGGGCUCAGUUCUCGACAGUCUGUGAAAGAUUCUGAGUCAUAAAUCUGUUUCAUCCAGGAAAUCUUUCAGCAUGAGGUGAAAGUUGGCACCACAUCCUGUGCUGCAGCACCUCCGGUCCAAUGAUCCUCCCUCUACGGCGCCAGCAUUUUGCCAAACAGUCAUCAAUGUGGAUACUUCCUCAUCCAACUUUAAGAAGAAAAAAAAACUGCUUAAACAACAAUUCACCAUUACUUUGUCUUCUGGGAAUCAGUCGCAAAGGAAGAUGAUUAACUACGUUUCGAGAACUUUUGUGCUUCCUUUUUAUGAUGGACACACAGUGGCAACGGACGCGGCGUUUCCAGGGCAGUAGCAUCAUUUCUGUAUGUAGCGUCUUUUAUACUAGCCAGCCAGAGCUCUCUGACAAUCUUCAAGCAGCUGACGACGGUCCAAUCAGUCAGGUGUAGUCUAGAUGUAGCAGAGCAGUGCAGGUCGCCUGGAUACACGCUCAAGUGUGUGUGUGUGUGUGCCUUAUUGUGUGUGUCCGUCUCAAUCAGCAGCUGUUAAUGAAGGCCGUGUUAAGUGAGAGAAGCGGCGAAGGAGCACUUACUGAGACCUGGAAACAGCGAAGUCGCUUUAGCAGUACGCCUGUGAGUGUGUUUCUCUGUGACAAUGAAUGGGAGCGUCUAUAUGCGUCGAAAUAAAUACAUGUAGUUCACUGAAUGGAGCACAACAGACCAAAUUUGAUGUAAUAAGUGUUUGUUCUAGUAAAAUACACUGUCCUAAUAUAUUCCACUGCUUAAACAAAUUUGACACAAACUAAUGUAGUUUUUUUUAACAGAUUCAGAUUAAUUCAUACUCUAACUUUUUCUUCUUGUGACACUUGUUUACUGAUACUUUUCAGUCCUCAUGUAAACCGCUGCGGCCGUCAGCAAACAUAAUCCACACACGAGCAAACAGUGCAUCUGUAUGGUCUAUUUUAAGCCCGGGAUUAGCACCAGUGUGGUGUCAGGGAAGUGUUUACAGCCACAGGGCGAUGUAUGUGGGAUGGUCUGUCAGGUAUCUUAAACAUGUAGGGACAUCGUAUGCCGUACAGCCGCUGUGACUCACCGGUGUGUUUCGUAGCUUUUUGUUUGACUGUGGCCAUUAGACCCAACAGACACUGGAGCAUAUGACAGUUUGGCAACAGAAACAUGAUUUUACAUGAUCACCAGCUUUAUUUUUUAAUCCAGAAUUUGUUUGGCAAGGCUUUGGUUACUAUCAUGAGGCUGUUCAAAUGAAGAAUUUAUCAUCAAGUGGCAAAUCUCUGAUUCUUUCUUGGUGAACAGAUGCUGACGGUAGCAUCCAAUUCAUUUCCUUGAUUUGUCUUUAUUCUAUGUUUGCUCGUUCUAAAUGACACUAAGCUUCAUCGUCUAUGUUACUCUCACAUUCUUAUUAAAUUAUCAUGGAUGGGUGCUUGGUUUAAUUCCUUAGUUUGCACUGGAGGGACACACGACACCCUUGCGAGCCAUCCACACCUAAAUGCUGUGCCAUUGAGCAAACAAAUAGAGCUGAAAUUGUACUUUAUGGCCGUCAGUGAUUACAUUCCGACAUCAGUGGGUCUUUACUCUCAUUGUUGAAUGGCGUGAUGACUUGUGAGUGUUUGUAAAAUGAUGCGUAAAAAACAUCUGUUUGACCACAAAAUGA